GGGGCCAGGAGCCCGGACGGGCAGCUGUUGCCACCUGCAAACACUGCACACAGCCUGGAAACCCUAUCCUCGCCCCCUCCCCGUGUCACUCCGAACCCCAGGGUGGGGCGUGGGCAGGGCUGAGUCUCAGGGCUCAGAAGAGGGGCCCCCGAGCCUGGGUCCUAGAGAUGUCGUCACUACUGCUGUGGCCGCUGCUGCUGACCCUGCUCACCAUGGAGCCCUCAGGGGCCGCCCUGGUCCGAGUCGAACUUCGCAGAGCCCACCUGCAACAGGGGAUCCCGAACCCACUGCGGGCCUGGGCGGAGUCUACAGAGCCUUCCAGGCUGGGGCCCCCACCCAAAGGAGACAAUCCCUUCUUGGUGCCUCUCUCCAAGUUCAUGAAUGUGCAGUAUUUUGGGGAAAUCGGGCUGGGAACGCCCCCACAAAACUUCUCCGUCGUCUUUGAUACUGGCUCCUCCAACCUCUGGGUCCCCUCCAAGAGAUGUCACUUCUUCAGUGUACCCUGCUGGUUCCACCACCGUUACGAUCCCAAAGCCUCCAGCUCCUUCCGGCCCAACGGGACCAAGUUUGCCAUCCAAUAUGGAACUGGACGGCUGAGCGGAAUCCUGAGUGAGGACAAGCUGAAUAUCGGGGGAAUCAGCAAUGCAUCGGUGACUUUUGGGGAGGCUCUGUGGGAGCCCAGCCUGGUCUUUGCUUUUGCCUCCUUCGAUGGGAUAUUUGGCCUUGGCUUUCCCACUCUGGCUGUGGACAGAGUUCCACCUCCGCUGGAUGUCCUGGUGGAGCAGGGGCUGCUGGAGAAGCCCAUCUUCUCCUUUUACCUCAACAGGGACUUUGCAGGAGCUGAUGGAGGCGAGCUGGUUCUGGGAGGCGCAGACCCAGCCCACUACAUCCCACCCCUCACCUUCGUGCCGGUCACCGUCCCUGCCUACUGGCAGAUCCACAUGGAGCGAGUGAAGGUGGGCACGGGGCUGACUCUCUGUGCCCAGGGCUGUGCUGCCAUCGUGGACACAGGCACGUCCCUCAUCACGGGACCCUCUGAGGAGAUCCGGGCCCUGCACAGGGCCAUCGGGGGCCUUCCCUGGCUGGCUGGCGAGCACUUCAUACUGUGCUCAAAAAUCCCAACGCUACCCCCAGUCUCCUUUCUCCUUGGGGGGGUCUGGUUUAACCUCACGGCCCAGGACUACGUCAUCCAGAUUUCUCAGGGUGGCUUCCGCUUCUGCUUGUCCGGCUUCCACGCCUUGGAUAUGCCUCCGCCUGCAGGACCCCUCUGGAUCCUCGGCGACGUCUUCUUAGGGGCCUACGUAGCGGUCUUCGACCGCGGGAGCACGAGCAGUGGCGCCCGAGUGGGCCUGGCGAGAGCUCGCGUUCCGGAAGCAGAGCCGGGAGGGGGCGGUACCGCGCAGGCGCAGUUCUCCGAUUGAUGCCGGGGCGAGAUGCAAGCGCACCACGGGAUAGCGGAGGUCCAGCAUCCAGGGAAACGUCUGAGAUUUUCAUUGAAUUAAUGUACCUGGUUCUCUUAAGUGCAUGCUUUUUGGAAAGAAAAAAAUUGGUGUUCAGUC